AUGGAUACCAGUGCCUUUAUCUGCGCACUAAGAAGAUUCUUCGCACUGCGAGGCCAUGCCAAGCUUCUCAGGUGCGACCGAGGCACCAACUUCGUUGGAGCAAAAACAGAGCUCAAAGAUGCAUCGUCGGAGCUCAACGAGGAGAAAGUGAAGAAAUUUGUAACGGAGAGCGGAUGCGAAUGGGAGCUCAACCCUCCCCACGCAUCACACUUUGGCGGAGUCUGGGAAAGGCAAAUCAACACCAUCAGACGAGUACUGGACGCCAUGUUCGCUGAACUGGGCAGGACUCAGCUGACACACGAGCUACUUAUCACGCUGAUGGCUGAGGUAGUGGCGAUCGUCAACGCAAGACCGAUAUCUGCACUACCAUCUGAUCCUGACGAUCCACGACCCCUGUCCCCUGCAAUGCUGCUGACGAUGAAGACGCGUCCAGCAGGACCUUCCCCAGGUCAGUUCUUACAGCCUGACCUCUAUGUACGCCGUCGCUGGAGGCGAGUACAGUACCUUGCCGACCAAUUUUGGACAAGGUGGCGUCGUGAGUACUUGCAGAGUUUACAGCGCAGACCAAAGUGGACAGCGACUCGGGGAAAUCUACGCGUAGGAGACAUCGUUCUCUUGCGAGACGACGCCCAACGCCGCAACAACUGGCCACUAGGACGAGUAACGGAAGCGAUAGAGAGUGAGGACGGGAGAGUCAGGAAAGCCAACGUUGAAAUCGCCAGAGACGGAGAAAAGAAGGUCUACUUACGGCCCAUAAAAGAACUCAUCCUGUUGCUGCCAAACAACGGAACAGACGAUGCAGAUCCUAGCCCAGCAUAG